AUGUAUUCCAACUCCAACUCCUUUCUCGGAGGCGGCAAUAGCAUGCGCCCGGGUCCACAACAGUAUGGAAGCUCUUUCAAUGCUGGCCCUGGCCAGCAGCAGCAGCAGCAGCAGCCUCAACAAAGCCCUUUUGCCGCUCAGCCAACUGGCUUUUCCCAAGCGCCGCUCCAGCAGCAGUAUACCGGAUAUCCAGCCAUGCAGCAGCCGAUGCAAACGGGCCAGAUACAGCCUCAGUACACUGGAUUCCCUGGCCAGCAGCAGGGUAUGCAAGGCAGCGCGCCUCCAAUGCCAGCGAUUCCACAGCAGUUCCAGCAACAGUUCCAGCAGCAGCAGCAGCAGCAGCAGCAGCCUCCGGCCCAGCCUCAACAGUCGGCUUCAUUCUUAAGUUCUCAACCGCCGAUUUCCUCGGGUUUGCAAGCGCCAUCAGCACCCGCAGCACCGAUGAAGCCCCAGCCUACCGGCUUCAGUCAAAUGGCUGCCUCUUUCCAGACCGGCGGGCACUCUGCACCCAAGCCAGCACAAGCUAGUAAGGGGACCAAGAUCCCCAACAUCAGAUUAUCCUUCAUUACCGCCCAAGACCAAGCCAAAUUUGAGACUUUGUUCAAAUCUGCGGUUGGUGAUGGACAGACAACCAUGUCUGGUGAAAAGGCACGAGACAUCUUGAUGAGGUCUCGCCUUGCUGGAGAAUACUUAUCCCAGAUCUGGACUUUGGCAGACACGACCCGCUCCGGGCAGCUUCACUUCCCCGAGUUCGCCCUGGCCAUGUAUCUAUGUAAUCUCAAGAUGAAUGGCAAGUCUCUACCCUCAUCGCUCCCUGAGAACAUAAAGAACGAGGUGUCCAGCAUGGUGGACAUCAUCAACUUUAGCAUCGCCGAAGACAAUGCCAAUGUCAGCUCGGCUACCAACGCUCCUGACUUCACCGUUCGACAAAGCACGGCAACACCCCCUACCAUACAGCACCCGCAGCCUCAGCCAUCGAAUUCCCAAUUGCUUCAGGCACAAAUGACUGGAUUCCCUGGGGCCCAGCAAGGUUUCAUGGCACAGGCGAACGGGGGUUUACAGCCACAGCAAACAGGUUAUCCUGGUAUGCAAAACCCGCAACCCACUGGUUACACCGGCCCUCGACCGCCCAUGCCUCCAAUGCCGACCGGGCUUGGACCUGGUGGAAUGGGAGGCAUGGCGGCGCCUCUCAAUGCACAACCAACCGGACGACCUGGGCAAUGGGGCCUGGUCAACACCCCUUCGACUGGUCUACCUAAUAUUGACGCCCUGCACGCCCGCAUGAUGCCUCAGCAAGGACGGGAGCAAGGGAGCUUCACAACUGCCGGCCUCCAGGGUAACGCUGUUAUCCCGUGGGCAAUAACCAAAGAUGAGAAAACCCGAUAUGACGCCUUGUUCAAGGCUUGGGAUGGCAUGAACAAGGGCUACAUUGCCGGUAGCCAAGCCAUCGAGAUCUUUGGGCAGAGUGGACUUGAAAAGCCCGAUCUUGAACGAGUCUGGACUUUGGCAGACCACGGAAACAAAGGACGUCUUAAUUUGGACGAGUUUGCGGUUGCAAUGCAUUUGAUUUACCGAAAGCUGAACGGCUACCCUCUGCCUAACAGCUUGCCUCCGGAGCUUGUGCCGCCGUCCACGCGCAACUUCAACGAGGCCAUUGGGACUAUGAAGAACAUGCUAAACCAAGAGUCUGAUUUCCGCAAGAACUCAGGGGCCGCACUCUUGCCUCAAAAGACAGGGGUUAGCUACCUGAAGACUCACUCGUUCCGGGGCCAAGGUGGUGUUCCAAGUGGCUCGCGCAAAGAUGCUACGGUUUUUAAGAACGACGAUGAUGCUGUUGGGUACAAGUCCAGCGCCCGUCGCAGGAUCGGAAACGGAUCGCCACGACCCGACUCUCCUUCUUCGGUAGCCUCAAGCGAGGAUUUGAGCAUUGAGCAGCUGAGGAAGAAGAUCAAGGAAAAACAGGUCCUGCUUGACGCCAUGGACUUCAAAGACGAGAAGUCAUUUGAAGAGGAUGAUGUGCUUGAUCGUAGAGACCGCAAGGAGGCCGAGGAUCUUUACCGGCGCAUUAGAAGAAUCCAGGAUGACAUUGACUCACACCCUGAUGCACCUCUCCUGAGCGGCGAUUCCGAUGCAGAGAGACGUGCUCUGAAGCGACAGCUGCAGAACCUGAAAGAUUCAAUUCCAGACCUUGCAUCACAGGUAAGGAAGACCGAGAAGGCUAUUUUCGAGGCGAGGCUCGAACUGUUCAGGCUCAAGGACGCCAAAGCCCAUCCGUCAAGCGCACCAGCAAUUGUUGGCACUGGCCCCGGAGGCGCUGUCACAGAAUCUGAUAGACUCAAGGCUAGAGCCAAGGCAAUGAUGCAGCAACGCACAGCGGCUUUGACUGGAAAGAAAAUCGACGUAAGCAGUGAGGAUACGGAUGCCCCCAAGCGCCUGGAAGAGGAGAGCAUUCAGGCAAGAACAGAGAAGGAGAACAACGAGCGUAUGGUUAGAGACGUGGAGGAAAGUGUCCAAGAGUUUGCCCGAAGCAUCGAGGAUAGCCUUCAAGCCGGUGGCCCCACUGCAGAUAACGAGCACGAACGACGUAGAUGGGAAGAUGCUCUCGGGGUCGAGGAUGAGGUUCGCGACUUUAUAUUCGAUUUGCAGCGAUCUAGCCGAUCGAAGCGAGUUAGAGCCCAAGAUCGUCGUGCAGAGCGCCCCGGACCUGCCAACGACUCACCGCGGUCCGAAUCCGCUUCUGCUCCUAGACACGAAAGUCCAUCUGCCCCGACUGCUCGGACCGGCACACCAAUGUCUGCUUCCUCGGCUGGAGGCUCAUAUUCAUCUUACAAGACCCCAGAAGAAAGGGCAGCUUUUAUCAAGCAGCAAGCCGAGCAGCGCAUGGCCGAAAGGCUAGCAGCUCUUGGCAUCAAGGCCCCUGUCAAGGGCGGGGAAACGCCAGCGCAACGUAUGGAGCGCGAACGAGCCGAGCGCGCGGCCAAACUUCGACAGGCUGAGGAAGAGGAUGCUCGCCGCGAAGCAGAGAGACAAGCAAGGCUUGCGGAGGAGCAAGGACCGCCCCAGCCAGCAGCCCCCGCGCAAAAGACCGAGGCCAAACCGCCGCCGCCUCCUCCAAGCCGAAAGGCAGCGGCUGAUCGGGAAAAUGCUGCUAAGAAGGCCGAGGAAGAAAGGCUGGUACAAGAAGAGGAAGAACAACAACGUCAGAUGCGCGAGUUGGAGGCCAAGGCCAAGGCUGAGGAGGAUGAGUUGGCUAGGGAGAACAGCGCCGCUGAGGCGCGCCUCAGGGCACUCGAGGAACAGGUUCGCCAGGGCAAACUCAAGAAGGAGGAAGAGAAGCGCAAGAAGAAGGCAGCUCUUGCUGAGGCCAGGGAAAAAGAAGCUAAGUUGGCCGCGAGGCGACAGGAAAUCGAGGCCGCCAAACGGCGGGAGGAAGAGCUCCAAAGACAACUGGAAGCGAUGAAUGAGGACUCAUCUUCGGAUGAUGACGAACCAGCACAAAUCACCCCUCAAGCAUCGACACCAACCGUUGGAAGCCAGGAGCUGGAGCGUAAGCCGUCGCCUCCUCCACAGGUCGCAGAACCCAAGACGGAAAGCCGCAACCCAUACUUUAGAAUGCUCUCACAGCCUUCUGAGGGAGUCACGUCCGCGUCUCCUCAAGCUACAGCACCUCAGGUGCCUCAUCAGGAAGUCUCGGCUCCUCCUCCGGCUCCGGCUCCGGCUCCGGCUGCCCCUGAGGCGUCAACCAACCCGUUCCACCGCAUGACGGCCCCGCAAGCGACGACCUCGGCGCCGAUAUCACGGAAGCGAGCGGACACGGACGAUGGCUGGGGAUCUGACAAGGACGAUGAUGAAGAUGACUCGGACGAUGACAGACCAGGUGGAACCAGCGCUGCACAGCUUGCGUCCAUCCUAUUUGGCACAAUGGGUCCUCCUCGUCCUCUGUCUGCUGCAGAUAACAAGUCAGUGUCUUCUCCGACAGCAGUCGCAUCACCCCCAAUGGUGGCAUCUCCUCCACCCCCACCACCUGGGCCGCCGCCGGUACCGGCUGCGGCGGCGCCUCCAGUGCCUUCAACACCGUCGCCGGCCCCUGAGAUUACAUCGACACCCCCAGCACCGCCGCCGCCGCCUCCACCGAUGCCGUCUAUGGGAGCACCCGGCGCACCGCCACCUCCCCCACCAAUGCCUCCCGCGGGAGCCCCCAGCGCACCGCCACCUCCUCCACCGAUGCCUCCUGCAGGGGCACCCAGUGCCCCGCCUCCACCGCCGCCUCCACCGCCAGCUGCGAGCUCCUCAAAUGCACCCGCUGCAGCUCCCGCAGGAGGUAGGCCAGCAGGGUUCUUGGGUGAAAUCCAGGCUGGAAGAGCACUUAGAAAAACAACGACCAAGGACAAGAGUGGUGCCGCAGUUGCCGGCCGGGUUUUGGACUGA